CUCGUCUAGGCAUCUAUAAAUGUAACGGUCGCACAGUUGACAUCCUUUGCCCACUUGCAUGCUAUCCACAAAGUUCAUCGGGUACACCGGCGUCCUCUGCAUCGUACUCGGCAUCGCGCUCAACCUAAUCGCGGACAACAGCAACGCCAUAACGUCCUUCCUCAACCGCUUCUCCGCACGGCGCACCCUCUCCACCGCCGCAUCAGCAGCCAUGUCGUCGCAGCGCGGCUCGGUCUACUUCCUCUCCCAUGGUGGCCCGCCCACCAUGUUCCAGUCCCAGUCGGAGCCAUACAAGGCCUGGCAGAAGUACGGCAAGCUCGUCGAGGCUGCGCACCCGCGCGGGCUCGUCGUCGUCUCGGCGCACUGGGAGAACGACAAGGCGUCACCGGACGUAAUCAUCAACACGGACAACACCAACCCCCUCGUGUACGACUUCUACGGCUUCCCGAAGGAGUUCUACGAGCAAAAGUUUGCGUCGCAGGGCGACGCGCAGCUCGUGACCGACAUCAAGGGCGCGCUGAGCAAGGCCGGCGUGGCCUUCACCACCGAGAAGCGCGGGCUCGACCACGGCGUCUGGGUGCCGUUCAAGGUCGCGUUUGACGGCAAGACGGACAUUCCGAUCGUGCAGGUCUCGCUGCCUGGCGACUCGAGCCCGCUCAGCGCGGCGCGAUUCGGUCGCGCGCUGGCUUCGCUCCGAGACCAGGGCUACGGCAUCAUGGGCACCGGGCAGGCAGUGCACAACCUUCGCGACCUGAUGCAGCGCCGCCCAACGACCUACGGCAAGCCGUUCCUCCAGGCCGUCGACGAGGCCGUCAAGUCCGCCACGCCGGUCGACGACACGAUCAACCUCUUCCGCCACCCGCUCUACCGCCAGGCGCACCCCACGCCCGAGCACCUCCUGCCCAUUGUCGUGGCUGCCGCCGCGGCCGACCCCGCGACUGACAACGUGAACGAGAUCUACGUCGAGCCCGAGGGAGCCCUUGGGUGGGGCAUGUGGUCGUGGACGCCGAAGGCCGUCACUGCGUAGUACAAGUAUUUAGGAUAAUGUUAAUGGAGAAAUCGCGGUGGUA